GGGUGGCUGACUAUUAAUUGCCUCCAGAGCAACUAUAUAUACAUCUAACUUGUGUCGUCGGUGAUUGAUUCUUCUUUUGGGCCUGGGACGAUUCGGCUUUCGGUUAUGGGACUAUUCUAAGUGGUCUCACUUGGGACGACAUGUUGACAUGUCGCUGGGACGACUUGACUCGGGGUGUGGGGCGAUAUGGUCCAAAUGACCGGCCCCUUUGAUCUCUAUUUGUGUUUCAUUUUUUUUUUUUUUUUUUUUUUAAUUUCUGUACGGUGCACUGAGCCUACUGUAAAAGUGUGGAAGUAUGCUUUCAAAAACUCUACCUGUGUUUAUAAAUAUGGACGCCAGAAAGGUCAUGACCCUUAUUUGUAAAUCACGUGAUGCGCAAUACACCCCCCCCCCCAACACACAACAACCUCCCCCUUGCCAAGGGGGACAAACGUCAGACAGAAAUGUUCGAGGAGGAAGACUCCGACACCGUGGAGGAGAUAAUAACGGUGCGCCCAUUACCAACGCCACGUUUGAAGCAAAUUCAGGUGCACCAUGCACAGCGACACGUAGCCAGUCCCUGGUGUAACGGCCAUGCUGACAGCGGGAGACUGGCCGCACAGCCUCCAGACUCUAAAAGAGAGGAAGCCAGUUUUCCUCCUAUAAUUCCACUGAAUGUUGGAGGACAUAUCUAUAUGACUCGACUGUCUACACUUCUUAAGUAUUCUGACUCUAUGCUGGCUGCCAUGUUCAGUGGCCGACAUCGCAUAGACAGAGACAACAAUGGAAAUUACUUCUUGGACAGCAAUGGAGUAAUUUUCAGCCAUAUCUUGGAGUUCUUGCGAUAUGGCAGUCUUCCAGACAAGGAGAAUGCCUUUUUGGUCUACAGAGAUGCACAUUACUAUGGUCUACAUGAGCUAGUGGAGAAACUGGCUCUGCGGCCAGAAAUAGCAGCCAUUAGUGUGAAGGAAGCUCACAAGUCCCAGUUUCCAAAUUAUACAGAGGUCAAAGAACAAGUCAUUCGAACAGCAAUGGCCAAUGCUUCAAUUAAUCGGGUAGGGGAUGUCAAUAUAUAUGCCUUUCGAAAAGAGUUUAAGGCCAAGGCACCAAGCUUCAGUCUGAAGCAUACCUGUGUCACCGAGCAAGCAGACAUUGCUGUGGGACCCUGGGAAGCUGCAGCAGAUGAAGAAACCUUUAUUCGCUGCUUGGAAAAUGACCUUUUAGAAGAAGGCUUCAUUGUUAGACCACAUGAAGCAAAACGUAGAUGUAAAUAUUACAAUGGCCAGACAUGCCAAAAAUUUCUGUUUAAAAUCAGCAUCUCUUUUGAUUGAGCCUUUAUACUGCACAUGAGUAAUGACUUUAAGAAAAUAACUAAAUAUGAGAUACCUUUAUGUUUACUUUUAGACCUUAACCACAUCUUGAUGUCAAAGAAAGACAUGAAAAGAACAGUAAGGAGCUCUGUGGAAAAUAUAAUGCAUGAAAAUUUAACAGAAAUAGAUAUGGUUGAUGAACUUUCUAUUUCUGUGGAUGUUCUCCAGUUCUUCAGAUUUUUUGUCCAAGAAAUUAGUUACUGGAAUCAUCCUAAAAUUUAAAAAAAAAUAUUUUCUAAACAUAUUUUUCAAAGAGAAUCAUUUUAUAAAACUUCCCUUUUCUUUUCCAUAAACACUAAGUGACAAUGUUUGGGACUCUUCUAAGCUUCACAUACAAAUUAAAUCUGGUUUUUCUGAAUGAGAAAUUGUAACCAAAGUCUUACAGUGCUAAAGUAGUACUUAGAGCUUUGAAAACACUGUACAUAGCAAGUUUUUAAUAAUGACAUUUACGUUAUUUUGUCCUGGAAGUGUGCUGGCACACUUGUGUUAAUAAUGUAGUCUCCAGUGACCUCACUUGCAGUGGCUGGCAGCUGUUAGAACCUUAUUUUGAGAGUCUCCUUUACUGCACAAUUUUGUCAUUGUGAUCAUUUUUUUAAAAUGUAUACCUUAGUGUGCUUACUUACUUUAAUGUUUCCCCUGUAUUAAUACAUUGCCAUUUAUCUUUAGUUUGUCAAGUUUUGUUUUUUGGAUGUUUUGAUUGUUCAUAUUUUUUUUUCAAUAGCCUUUUUUGGGAGUGCAGAGAUUUCAGUAACACUAUGAAAGUGCUGAUUUCAGCUCAGAUUGCUGCAGAUGUAAUGGUACUUUUUGUAAAAUCACAACGGUCUUGCAGUAAUGCAAAGUUCUAGUAUGUUGCAGAAACUCAUCAUGGUAUUUUAACUUUAGAGAUUUAUUUUAUCAACUUUCUAUGUUCCAUUAACUGUAUCUAAAGUUAUUACUGAAAAGCAAAAAUAACUAUACUUUCACUUGUAAACUGGAUUGAACAAACACUUCGUAACAUAAUAAAAAAAAAAAAUCGGCACAAAUCUUUUAAAAGACAUGAAUUUAUAAGCAUGAUCCAAAGUAAUUUUUUUUAAAAUGAGCCUGAAAAGAGAUUGCACAGAACUUUCAACACCAAAAGGUAACCUAAAUUUUUCUGUGGCAAAUAAACUUUGUACGUCAGAAAGUUCAAGACUUUUAGUUGUAAUUAAAUAAAUAUAUAUGUCUAUGUGUAAAAGAAUCCUAACAGCCAAACAUAACAUUAAACUCAAAAUUUCUUCCACAUAACCAAGCUGUUAUUAGUUUGAAUUAAAAAAUGUGAAGUAAAUUUUUUAUUAGUUUUAUUUUAUAAAUGCAUACUUUUGACAUCGCUGAAGGCUUUAGCCAGUGCACCAGUAAUCAGAAUCUUAAUGAACUAAAUCCAGUCAUUUGUAAAUAAUUGACUUGGCUUGUAUAAACCUUUAUGUUAUGGUUGAAACUGCUAUUGCCACUUACAUCAGGCUGCUCCAUUGGAUGUAGUUAUGUAUAUUUGAUUGGGUAUAAAAUGAUGUAUAAUUUUUAAUGAAAUGGUAAAAAUUGUUUUCUCAAUGGGAAGGCUUUUAUGUUCAUGCUCCGUUUUUAGAGCUGAUAAGGACCAGUUCAGUCUAUGAUGAUGUACAUAAAUAACUGCUUUAGUUUCUUGAGCAUUUUUUGUGUUGGUGGUGAUAUAUUUUUUUCUCAAUGAAUGACAUACUGUGAUAGGUCAAAGAAGGAUCAGAACUGGAAGAAAGGUUACUGUGAUGUUUUUUCCUGGUAAUGUAACAGUUAUUUUAUUACAAAUUGUCACUAAGUUGAGUAUUCCUAAAUUACAGUGAAUCCUUGUAUGAUAUGCAUUCAUAUACACACAAUGGGCAUGACUUCGUAAGUCUGUGCUUGUGUGUGAAAGGGGUGCAGUCAUUUUGUCCUACAGCUUGUCAAUUUGUCCCAGCUGUGUCCCUUUCAUCCUAAGUCUAUUUGUGUGUGAGAGAGAGAGAGAAUACAAGCAAGAGAAAGAAUGAUUGGUAGAUGCCCAAAGAUUCACCUGUUUAUGGAACUUUCAGAAAUUUAAAGCGACUAAAAGAGUUUGUCAAUGUAUAGAUUGAGUGAAAUAAAGACAAGAUUUGUACAGCUCGUUA